AUGCCUCUUUCCGACUACUUUACGAGUCCCACGUCCCUCUACAAUCGACAGAUCCUCGGCAAUCUGGCAGCCCGAGACCAGAUACCUUUCGCCGACAAUGCGUUGCAGAUUCUCAAGAAGGGUGCGCCUCAUUCUGGCCACCCGAACUUUGCACACCUCACCCUCCUCGUUUUCGAAGCUGUGCUGGAAGUGGUCUGCGUCAGUCUACCGGGAUACAUUGUGGCAAGACAGGGCAUGUUCGAUGCCGAGGGACAGAAGCUGAUGGCCAAUCUGAACGUUAUGCUGUUUACUCCGUGCCUGAUCUUCACCAAGCUGGCGUCCCAGCUCACGGCGGAGAAACUGGUGGAUUUGGCUAUCAUCCCGGCCAUCUUUGUCGUCCAGACCUUGGUCUCGUUCCUGUGCGCGUGGGCUAUUGGGAAGGUCAUGAAAUUCAAAAAGAGACAGGCCAAUUUUGUCAUUGCUAUGGGAGUGUUCGGCAACUCCAACUCGUUGCCAAUUUCGUUGGUCCUCUCCUUGUCCAAAACACUCAAGGGCCUACAUUGGGAUAAGGUCCCUAAUGAUAAUGACGAGGAGGUUGGAGCUCGGGGAAUCCUUUACUUGCUCAUAUUUCAGCAAUUGGGUCAACUGCUUCGCUGGAGCUGGGGCUACAAUGUCCUGCUUGCCCCCCCUGAUAGCUAUACGGAAGCAGAAGGUGGGACCAAGAAGGAAGAUCGCAUUGAGCGAGGGCGAGGAGCGUUUCGUGACUAUGCAGAUGAUGACCGCGAACACCGUCGGCUUCUGAGCCCCAAUUAUGACGGGGUUCGAGAUUCUAGCGAGGACUUUGAGGGAUAUGGUGACUACGAGGACGAGGAUGAUGACCAGACGAGGAUAGGGACCGAGUCGCCUACGACAUCGAAGUCGGAUGGUCUCAAAACCCCUCGGACGCCACAUAACAGGUCGUCGAGGAAUUCUCCCAAUCGACAACUGAAUGGCUCCGCCCACGAGACACCAGAUCUGAUGUCUACUCCUACUAACGGGAUGAUUGCCCCUCAUCACCACCCCGACUAUCCUGCCUGGCUGAAAUAUCCGGACAACAAAAAGUACGACGAAGAUUGUGGGGGCGUCAAAGGAUACAUCAACAAAGGAAGAAACGUGGUCCGGUUUCACCUUUUGAGAAUCGGGCAUUCCAUCCGGACGAGGUCGAGACGGGCCUUUGACUCUCUUCCUAAGCCGGCGCAGAGAGUCCUGUCAUAUACUGGAGCCAAAAUUAGGGCUUUCCUGGCAGGCUUGUGGGAGUUUAUGAACCCACCGUUGUGGUCGAUGUUGGUUGCCAUUAUCGUGGCAUCUGUGCCCUACCUACAGCAUCUCUUCUUCGACAAGGGGACGUUUCUAGCCAAUUCCGCUACUCGAGCAGUUCAGCAAAGCGGUGGCGUCGCGGUGCCACUGAUUUUGGUGGUGCUUGGAGGGAACCUUGCCAGAAACACCAUCCCCAAGAAUCAGCCAGGAGAUAUCACGGACCCAAAGGAAGAGAGGAGACUUUUGUAUGCUUCGUUGCUCGCGCGCAUGGUCUUCCCAACCAUUGUGAUGGCACCCUUUCUUGCAUUGGUCGCCAAAUACGUCCCAGUCAGCAUUGUCGACGACAAGAUCUUCAUCGUGGUUGCUUUUCUCCUCACCGGCGCACCAUCGGCACUGCAGCUGAGCGCUAUCACACAGACAAACAACGUGUAUCCUACGGUUAUGUCAAAUAUUCUCUUUCAGAGCUACGUGGUCUGGAUCCUCCCAUCCACAUUGAUUCUCGUGCUCCUGGCUCUGGAGACGGUGGAAUGGGCAACGGCUUGA